GAUUGGCUUGGAGGUGUCCCUAAAUCUGCCGAAGCGGACAAAAUGGCGACAGCGAUGGAUGUGGAUGCACCGAGUACAACCAACAGCGGCGGCAAAAAACGCUUUGAAGUUAAAAAGUGGAAUGCAGUAGCUCUGUGGGCGUGGGACAUUGUGGUAGAUAACUGUGCUAUUUGCCGAAAUCACAUUAUGGAUCUGUGUAUAGAAUGUCAAGCAAACCAGGCUUCAGCAACUUCAGAAGAAUGCACUGUCGCUUGGGGUGUGUGUAAUCAUGCAUUCCACUUUCACUGCAUCUCGCGUUGGCUGAAGACCAGACAGGUUUGUCCACUGGACAACAGGGAGUGGGAGUUCCAGAAGUAUGGCCACUAAAUGUAACAGCAACAUGUUGUUUUGCUGCUCUCAGCUGUUUCUCAGGUGCACAGACCUGCAGCGUUAGCUUCCCACCCAUCUCAGCUCACCUGAGCAGCCUGACAGCUGUUUAUUCUGAAGACAAGGACUUUAUCAUAAGUGUUUUUUUUU